AUGUGGCAUCAAAUGGACAACUCUGUGAUGGGUGGACUAAUGGGGCGUAUGUUUCAUGGAGCGCGUGCGAUGAAGUCCAUGUUCAGUGAUUUGUUGCCAGGUGGCACUGCUGGCUCAAGCAGUAUGCACAAUUCCAACAGCAUGCUGGACUUUUUGCCCACGGAGACUACCCGAGUCAAGUACAUUAUACGCAACCCGCAUACUAACAAACCAAUGAAGAUAAUCAAGAUGAGGGGCUCUACCAAAAAGAUAGUUAAGUUGGUCAACCCAAUCGCCAAGCCAUUGCCUAACAAGAUGAGCUUCGAUACACGCAUGCGACAAGUGGAAAAGGAACAGGAGUUGAUAGCCGAGGGCAAGCUGCCCGCGAGCAGCGAUGAGGCAAUAAUGGAGAAAUACUUUCAGCACAAAUUGAGAGGCAACAAUGAGGUCGUCUCCGGCAAGAUCAUGGAGUAUCAAAGCUGGAAGCCAGUGUACAGACCUGGUGAGCAGCCCAGCGCUUUUAUCACGCAGCGUCCACAACCGCUGACGCAGCUCCACACCGAUAUUGUGGCAAGUGGACACGAACUCUUGCCCAAGCCAGAGAAGCUGGUGGCCUCACAAGGCGGAGAUGACGAAAUAGAUGCCGACGACGUGCAUCUGCAGAAUGCGUUGGGUCGCCACACUUAUGAGGUGACCGAGCACACUGGCGAGGAAAGCGGUGAGGUACAUGUGCACAUACCAAUAACAGCGUUCGGCCCAAUGGAAAGCGGUUUUGUGCCCUCCAAGCAUCAGUAUCGGGCACGCAAUGGCUCAACAACCACCAGCACCACCACCGAGGCCCCAAACUAUCCCGCAGCUUAUCUUAAAAAGUAUCGCGAGCGAGAGCGCGAGCAUUCCCAAGCAACAAAGCAUGGCAAGCGCCAUAAGCAACACCAACAACAUCAGCACAAAGAGGUGAUUAUAAUCCAUACGGACUCAGAACCCUGGCUGCCAACGCCGACGCCGUCUUCCGCCUCCAAUUCCAAUCACUCCAUGAGUAGUUUACGUGCGCGCUUGCAGGAGCAGCAGCGCAAGGAUGCGCAUCAGCAGAAGGACAAACAUCAAAGUGAUGAGGAAAUGGAGGCGACGCUGGUCGAUGCCAUGCAGGGAGAUAAGUGGCCGGCGGAGGUGAAGCACACCUAUCUGAGCAUAGGGCCCAGCGCCGUUGCCUACAUGCAGCCAGAUGAAACGGAGCAGCAGCCCCUGCAUUACAGGUUGCCUAAGUCGGAGUAUAAGCGACAGCACUCCAAUCUCCGACAGCGCGGCUCCAUCAAGUUUGGUGAUAAGCCCGUCUACGAUGAGAUGUGA